CACUGUGUUGAUUGUGGUUGCCAUGACAGCGGUGCCGUGCUCCCCGCCUGCCUUGGUGACGUCACAGACCGCCGUCCAAUAGGAAGGCGGCUCUGUGUCCUCGCCCCGCCUUUCCCAGCAGGCCCCGCCUGCGCGGCCGGGAGCUCUGCGACGACGGCGCUCCGGCGGUAAGCUCCGUCCGCGGCCGCGGCGACUUCCACCGAUUUCCAACCUGAGCGCCUGUGGCCGCCGAGACAGAGCCACGAUGUUCAGGAUGCUGAGCAGCAGCUUCGAGGACGACCCCUUCUUCUCCGACUCUUUCCUUGCACACCAAGAGAGCAUGCGUCAGAUGAUGAGGAGUUUUUCUGAACCCUUUGGCAGAGACUUGCUCAGCAUCUCUGAUGGGAGAGGACGGGCCCGUCAGCACGGGAGGCGCGAUGACAGUGCAAACUCCUUGACCGCAAUGAGUUCCCUUGUACCUUUCAGCAGUUUUUAUGGCAUGCGUACAGAUGUCAACCCUUUUCAGGCAAUGGACCGAAUGAUGUCAAAUAUGAGAAACAGUAUGCAGGAAUUACAAAGAAACUUUGGUAAUCUUUCAGUGGAUCCACAUGGACAUUCAUUUUGUUCUUCUUCAGUGAUGACUUACUCCAAAGUAGGGGAUGAACCACCGAAAGUUUUCCAGGCCUCGACUCAAACCCGCACGGCUCCAGGAGGAAUAAAGGAAACCAGGAGAGCAAUGAGAGAUUCUGACAGUGGACUGGAAAAAAUGGCUGUUGGUCAUCACAUCCAUGACCGAGCACACGUCAUCAAAAAGUCAAAAAACAACAAGACUGGGGAUGAAGAGGUCAACCAGGAAUUCAUCAAUAUGAAUGAAACUGAUGCUCAUGCCUUUGAUGACGAGUGGCAAAAUGAGAUCUUGAAGUACAAGCCAGGGGGACGGUGGCGCAAUGUGGAAAACGCUAAAAUGCGAAGUGUGGGUCACGAGAAGACUUCAGGAUCCCGAGAAGUGAGAAGGAGGGAGAAAUCUAGCCCCAGUCCAGCCAUUGAAGGUGGGAGAAGAUCAAACGUUUUUGUGGACAAGCUCAACAUCAAAGGGUCCCCUGUGAAAACCCACAGGAAAUAAAUCGCCGUGCAUUUGACGUGUUUAGUUUUCCUUGUUUCAGCUGAGAAGGUCAUGGUGCUGGGUAAUGUAAUACACAUAAGACCAAUCUCUCGUUGUUAGAUCAGUUCUAUACUUAGCAAUUUUGUUCUGGCAUCUGAAUGUUCUUCAAAAUUCUAGCUUUACGUUGUUUUACCCUGGGAAUAAAACUUGAUUU